UGUAGUUCUAACUGCUUCUAGAGAAGUUAUUUUCUCAUGAAAUAAAACAGAAGUGAAGAGCAGGAAUGUAAGAGUGGAACAGGACAGUUUCCCAGUUAAAUAGACUCCUCCUACUAGUAUGUAAUGAACUCUUAGCUAAUGCAUUUCAGACAUAUUCCUAUCUCAUUCAUAACCUAUCUCUAAGUCAUAAGGACCCAGAGGAAGAAGCAGUGGGAACCAGCCAGAAACACGAUCCACCACCAUCAUGAUUUCCAAGGCCGUAAAAUCCAUGUUGAAGGAAGUAGAUUCUAACGGUAGCCUGAUUCCUGUGUCCAGUCUGAACGACAGCUCUGGUAAACUGAAUCUCCUCUCACUCAUUGUGAAGACCAGGCCCAGAUGUGGAUGCUUCUGGCAGGAACCCAAAUACCAGUCCAGAGGCUUUUCCCUGAGUGAUGUGCUGAAACCCGGAGAACCUGAAGACGAACCUUUAAACCCAGAUGUGAAGGAGUCUGACUUCGUGGACCACAGUGGGACAUUUGCUGACAAGAAAGAAAUGAACUCAGAAGGAAAUGUGGAGGGUUUGGCGGCUGAUUUAAAACUUAAUUUGGGCUUAAAAUGCUUCAACGAACAAGAGUCGUCCUUUGGCAGACUGAAGAAAGAGGAGGUGGAAGUGAAGGAGUUGGUUAACUACUCGAAAGAUAAACGCCUGGACAUGACCCACCCUGUGAUCAAGCAGACCCGGGAGAAGCCCAGGGCAAUAUUAGGGGUGUUGACGGAAAGGAUUAUGACAUCACAACCUUGCCCGGUCACAAACAAAGUCCGGAAGCAUGGCAAUGCAGGAGCCAACAUGAGCGCCUGCGUGGCCCUGAGCGUGAAGGCCUCUAUGAAGCAGAGCGGCAGUACUCAGACAGAUAGUGAUGUGUCACUGAAGAUUCCUGAAUAUACUGUCGUGGCCUUCAGUCUGAUUGAACUCAAGGUCAAACGCAAUGGAAAGUUUGAGCUGUGCCUCUUCUCCAACAAUGGGGGCUUUGAAAAGGUUAGGUCGAAUUAUGAGAUUGAAGAGGAUGGAUUUAUGGACCUGGUAGGCGACUUUGAUGCCAACAGCCCCUUAAAUCUGAACAAAGAACUGGAGAAACUGAGUAGUCAUUUCCAGCUGCUGUCAGUCCUGCCAGCAGCCAAACGCUCCUCUCUGCUCCAGCUCCUCAAGACAACCAUGGAGGACAGAGAGGCAGUUAGUGUGCUGGAGAGUGUGCUGGAUCAGUUGUGUGAAGGUGAGACUCCUGACCUGGGUGAUCUGGAAGAGUCUGAGAGGGAGACAGUCCAGGCCAUACUGGAUCUUGUAGACCAAUGUGUUGGGAAGGAUGAGGACGAGAUCAGAUCUUCACUUCUCAGUGCCGUCCACCUCAUUGUCAGUGCCAUGGACGGAAUGACAGAUGAGGGUCUCUCUGUGUUGGGAUCCUGUUGCAGUCCUCCAGUCUUACAGGCCCUGCAGAUCCUGGUGCAGCAUGUGGCAGCAGGGAGUGGGGAGACCCUCUCUGAGAGAUGCAGGUCUGGCUGUUCUGACUGA